GGUAGGCAUGGCGUCUGGGACGUCGAUGGAGGACAGUCCCAUGGAGGAAUUGGUGGACCAGGGGUUGGGGAUGGAGGAGAUGGGACUGAGGAGGCCCUCUCUUAGGGAGACCUACCACCAUGACUCCCUGCUGGCUCCAGACACAGACUUCAUGACCGAUGACCACAGCUCUGCAGCGAGCGGGAUAGAUGUAGCAGACCGCCUGACAUACCUGGAGCAGCGGAUGCAGAUGCAGGAUGAUGAGAUCCAGCUUCUGAAGAUGGCCCUGGCAGACGUCCUCAAGAGACUCAACAUCUCAGAGGAACACCAGGCCACCAACGCCAAGAAAGGACCUGCUGAGAAAGCUAGGCCUGUGUCUCUUGCCCAGCCAUCCAGACCAUCAAUGAACAGCCUUACCUCUCUGAAGAAAAGCUCCACAAGCUCUACAAUGCCCUCUACCUCCACCGCACGGAACUACAGCCCCUUACCAGGAGCAUCAGCCAAGAGUGGUGUGAAGAGUUCAGCAGGCAGUCUGAAGGACUGUACCUCUAAGACUCGGCCAGGCCCCCGACCUGUCCCCUCAGGCUCAACAGCAGCCCCCGGCAGUAAGAAAGGCGAUAGCAAAACCAAGGAGCCUGCAGCCAGUGUAGGGUCGAGGCGUGUGACGCACUGUAAAGUGACUAUGCAGAUCUAUCUGAGCCCCCAAACAAAAAGGACUGGGUCUUCUGAAGUGGCCAAAUCAGCCCCCACGGUCCCCAACUCCAGACCAACCAGAACCCCCACCUCCCCUCAGACCAAAGGAGUCCCCCCGACCUCCGACCGGACCAAGCCCAAGACACGCAAAACACACCCUGCCUUCACCCUCCCCCUGCAGAAAAGCACCAAUCAGAAUACGUAUUCUCCUCUGGACACGUUCAAUUACAAAAGCCCCCUCAAAUCACCAAGCCAUUACUUCCAAAUCUGUUACUAGGCAAUAGAGUAGGCUAUGAGGAUGUAGAAGUUGCUCCUAAACACAGGUCUAGGGUCAGAUAUUGUUCUAAUAAUGGUUAGGGUUGGGUAAUCUAAUCCUAGAUCUGUAGUUAAGGGCAAUUUAUAUUUGGGCUAUUACAAGUGUAGGCCUGUAAGAGAAAUCGGUUUUCCAGAUGUUUGAAAAUGUAUAGCAGUGAGGUAUUUACUGUAGAAGUGGAGGUUGUCUUUAGUAAUGUUUGAGAUGGACUGAUAGUUACACAGUUUGGGUUUUGAGGUUUUUGUUUGGCCAGAAAAGAGAAUAGUGAGUUUAUUUGAUUGUUUUGUUGAAUUUCCUAGCACCAUCAGUGACCAUAGUCCUCUUCACUCUGUUCUGUCAUUUCUUACAUAUUUAUGUCAACUUGAAGCCUCUAUUUUUUUCUGCUGUUUCUUUCUGUCUUAAUGUCUCAUUUAUGUUUUACAUUUUAGUAAUUUAGCAGACACUCAUAUCCAGUUUAGUUUAUUUUGUAGCUUUAUGUCAGUAAAAUAUGGAUGUAUGAGUUUUCAUUGAAAUCUCCCUGACUUUGAGGGGGAUGUACAGUAUGAGUGAAUUCUCUUAUUCGAUGUCUGUGUGUAUCUCCGUCUCUGUUGACAGCCAUUAAUAAACAUUUCAGUGAU